AUGGCAACGAUGUUCAUCCAACUGCGCCGUCUGGUGUACCUAUUGGUACUCUUGCACUGUUGUGUGUGUGUGGUCCGUGCGGAUGGUGAGGAUACCAAAGAGGAAAGGUAUAGGGAAAAGGUCUGGCAUUUGCGUAAUACGACGAUAAGGGCAUAUGCACGUCUUGUGGAGGGAAGGGGUUGUCUCAAUGCGUGGAGGGAGAUGGUAAGGACAUCAAACGAAAGUUACAAACGCGCGCAUUCCGCCGCGAAACUUACCGAAGAGAUCGCUGCGAAAGUCAAGGUGAUGAAAGAGAAGCUGGAAGCGAGUGCAAGUACGUUCACCGGUUGGGAGGAUGUCGGUAGCUUGUUGGACGAGGUCAAAGAGACAACGAGCGAUGUCGAAGAGAGGAUUAAGGAGGCUGAAAGGAAGGCACUCAGCAUCAAAAGAGCGGGGGAUUUCUGCAAAGUCGAAUAUGACAAUGCGGUUAAUGUCAUGGAUGAGCUCUACAAAGCUCAGUACAUGUAUGAAGAACUAUUUGAACCCGGAAGAAAACCGAAAUCGGAGUGGACGAAGGACGAUAGGCUCGUUGAAAACAGCACCGAUACGCACGGGCAAAUAAAGAAGUUUAUUGCGGAGUUCGAUUUGUUCCGUGGAGAGGCACAGGUUUCGAAGGUAAAUGCCUUGAUUCAGGUGAAAGAAGCGAAAGAUUCAAUCGAAAAGACGGCCAAGAGGUUCAAAGAGCUUAAAGAAGAAAUCGAAAAGAGUUCGAGGGAUGGGGAUGAAAAGCUAAAAAGCUCUCGAGUGAAAGAUAAAGUAACGGAAAUGGCGGAAGCAGUGGCCAAAGCGGGGAAAAUCGAGGAGCCAAAGAAAAAGGAACUGUUAAGCGCCGCUGUUUAUAACGUGACACUGAUGGAAGAGAGGGAAAAGGCCGUCCGGCUUGUUGCCGAUGAGGUGGUGGGGAUCCAUAGGGAGAAGGCGGAAAGGGCGAGGAGAGCUGCUGAGGAGGCGCAAAGGGAGAGGGAACGGGCCCAAAGGGAGGAAGAAGAACGGGAGAGAAGGGUUGCUGAGGAGGCGCAAAGGGAGAAGGAACGGGUCCAAAAAGAGAGAGAAGAAAGGGAAAGAAAAGUUGCUGAGGAGGCGCAGAGGGAGAGGGAGCGGGCGCGAAAGGUAGCUGAGGAGGAAGCGCUGAGGGAGAGGGAACGGGCGAGGAAGGUUGCUGAGGAUGAGGCGCAAAAGGAGAGUGAAAGACGGAUGGUGGAGGGCAAAAAAAAAAAAGACAACAGUGUCGGUCCUGCAUUGGUGCAUGGUCCUUUACUGUUGCUUCUUGUUUUGAUGUGUGUGUUGGGUUACACUCUCGUGUGCUGA